CUUGUGAGGCUCCAAAGAGUGUUUCUGAGCAGAUAUAAAGUACCUUUCCCUUUUUACAACUAAGGCCAGCCAUCACAUAUAGGAGUGUUAAGGGGAGAAGUGUAAAAUUGUCAAUGGACUUUAACUGCAACACUCCUCUGUUUUGAAGACAAUUCUUUGGACUGGAACCAUGAAAACUGAUUUUUGAGAUAGUUUAAAAAGUCUGUUUAUACUACUAGAUGUUCCUGUCUUCUGUUCUCUCAGCCAUGCUCUCUGCUUCUAGUUUCUUGACAACAAGUGGACUGCGAACUCCCCACCGUAGAUGGAGCUGGGCUCCUGGAGGCUUGUGGCAUCGGGAAGCUGGUGCGACCCCUCAGUGCCAAGGGACUGAUUCUGUCCCAAAGGAAAGUAAACUUCAAUUCUACGUUCUCUGGUCUCUGAAUGAGCCUCCUCGUCAACUCAGUAGCAAACGACAUCGGAAAUGUUACCAAACUCGGUUGCCACUUCCAUUGCCAAAACAGCUAGUGAUCUUUGGUUUAGGUGACUGGAACCAUUUCUCUCAGAAGACAAGCAUCACUGUGGACGUAUUAGUGAAUCCAGACAUCAAACCACAAAGGAUUGGCAAACUAAGACCUGAUGCAAGAUGUUUGGUGUGGGAAGGUGACUGGAGAGCAGAUGUUCUCCUGGCUUCACUUAAACAGGCAGACAGUGGCAGUCCCAUUAACCUUCUCUUGACUGUCAAUGAACAGCUGCUCAACAGCACUCCCAGUCGCCCAUUUCAGGCACCAGAACCCAGUCAGUCACCUGUUCUUCCAGAAGAUACUAUUCCUGGGUUGGAUGAACCUUCUGAGGCUAAAAGUCAUAUUUCUGAAAAGCCUCUUAAAGACAUUGUGGUUGAAAGGAAGUUAUCUUCACUGGGAGAAAACCCAGAGGUUCUCCCUGUUCCAGAAAUGCCUAGUGUUCAACUGGAAUGUGAGACCAGUAAUAAAACUUGUCUACCUAACCCAGUUCUGCUAAAUAAGACUAGAAGGGCUCUCUUUGAACACUGUGCAUCUGAAAGACAUCAGGAAUCUGAAGACUUGGAGAUUAAAGAAUUACAAGUGUGUCCAAGCCCUCGGUGGUGUCAUGCCAUGUGCCUGAGUGAUCCUGAAACUGCAGUUCUGAUUGGUGGAGAAGGGACCAAUCAACAGUUUUGUAAAGAUGCUCUCUGGAAACUGGAAAUUGACAAUGACUUCUGGUUCCCCAUGAAUUUGCAGCAACAGAACUCCCUGCCGCGGUGUUCCCGUGGCCACAGUGCAACCUAUGACCCAGACACAAAACGAAUCUACAUCUUUGGGGGGAUGAGGGAAGGGAAGCGCUAUAGCAGCAUCUAUAUCCUGGACACAACCUCUUGGAAGUGGCUUCAUGUGUCUGCUAAAGGGAAAGUGCCGACGUUGGUCUACCACAGUGCAACUAUCUAUCGCAAAGAGUUGUUUGUCUUUGGAGGAGCCUUACCUAGAAUGUCAUCCUUGGAGACUGGAGCCUGCAGUAAUGCACUCUUCAUUUUCAACCCAGAAUAUGAGAUCUGGUAUCAGCCCAUUGUUGAGGGGGAGAAGCCUCUGCCUAGGUUUGGCCAUUCAGCUACUCUACUCAGGAGUAAGCUGGUCAUAUUUGGGGGCCAGAGGACUUCUACAUAUCUGAAUGACACCCACAUCCUGGAUCUAGGUUUCAUGGAGUACUCCUCAGUUCCUUUUCUGUCUGGACUACCAUGUGCUCGCAGUUUCCAUGCUGCCAUCCCCGUAUCGGAUCAAAAAGUGCUGAUAAGCGGGGGCUGCAAUGCCAAAGGGGCAUUCCAGGAUGCAUUCACCUUCAACCUGGGUACUUCGACUUGGAACACAAUCAAGCAUGGAGACCUUUGCUCCAUCCCCCGGGCAGGCCACACACUUCUCAACUUGACCUACGCUCAUCUGACGGAUGUGGAUAAAGAGAGCCAGGGCAAGCGUAACCUGUGUACAGUGCUGGUCUUUGGUGGGUCUGAUUGUACCGGCAAGUUCUACAACAGUACCAGUAAGAUCCAGCUAGACCUGGAGGAGGUGAAAGGGGUCCCUUAGUGUCCAUUCUGAACUACUGGGAAUUCUAUAACAGGAUGGAGAGCAGGAAGAACAGGAAGACUAUGGGCUUCUAAAAAGAUGGAGGUAGGGGAUGGAAAGACUGAAACUGAUAAAACAAUGAUAAUCACUCUGAAGGCUUUGGUACUUACAUUCCUUGUUGAAGACAUAAAGUGAGUUACCAAAAAGUCAGGCAGAUUGAGCUUUUUUUUAGCUUGUUUUUGUCACUUUAACGAUUUCACUAUUGCUAAGUAUGUGGCAUCUCUCUCUAAUCAUAGGUCUAAGAUAGCACAGGGCUAGGAUCAUGGCAGAUUGUAAAGACCAUUAUCCAAUCCUAGAUUGGCAAUUUAUCAGCUUUUCACUCUGUAUCUUUACUUUGUAUCUUAAAUAAGGGAGAAGCCUCCAGAAAACGAAUGGUAAAUACUCCACACCACUGAACAUAGCUAGGAAAUCUUUUAAGUCUCACUUACUUUGAUGUGUGUCUGUUCUUUUUCAUGUUCAUCUUCUGUUUCUACUGACUCUCCUGUCUUUAUCGCAUGCCAAUUCAAAGUUAUCUGCAUUUGCGUAAGAUUACAACCCAAAUUGUUAAUAAAGAAUGAAAAGUAGUGUUCACUUGAUUAUUAAAUGAUAGUAAAGAGUAGCAAGCACACCUUCAGAAACUACCGCAAUCUUGUAAAUAAACAGAACUUAUAUAGGUCAA